AAAAACACUUGACUUCCGAUGUCGCGCUUCUCCACCAUCGAUGGCCAGCAUUCAGCCCUCCGCGAUUUGGAGCGGCAACGGCUGGAGAAACUUAUGGGCCAACUGAGGAGGGAGGUGGAACCCAAAGCAAAAGCAGCAGGCCGUCGCUUCCAGCCACCGCGACGAAAGGAGCGUGUCUCCAAGGUGUGCAGCCGGAGCGAGGUGCCACCAGCGUCGCAGGCCCCACAGGCCCCACAGGCCCCACAGGCCCCACAGGCCCCACAGGCCCUACAGGUGCCACGCAGCGACGUGCGCAACGACGUGCCCUACAGCAACAGCUGCGCUCCACUGCCGCCGGGAUCUCGUGGCACACCUUGUGGCACAUCUCGCGGCGGUGCACCAAGUGCCGCUGUGCCCAGUGCUCCCAGUGCAGAGAUGGCCUGGCUGCUGCGAGUGAGUGAGAGAUUGGACGAAGAAGCAGCAGAGGUGCAUUCGUUCCUGGCAGAACACAGCUUGGAACAAUAUGCCUUCCUGCUUGAGAGUGGCCCUGGUGCACCUGGAAGCUCCAUGGAGGCGCUGUGUGCUGCUACCCCGGAGCUACUGGAGCAGGUUGGACUACCACCUUCGCCAAGACGGCGAUUGCUUCAUGCACUGGGUGACUUGACCUCGGCAGAGUCAGAGUUGCCUUCAGAAGGUCAUAGCUUUGCUCAACAUUGGGGUCGUCUUGGGCGAAUGCCAGUUGGCUGGCAUCGAUGCGCUGAAGGUCACAGCAAUCGGGUGGUAACGCGCUCAGAACCAAUCUCUCACGCUGAUGUGGCCGUGGGCGAUGAUAGCCCAGAAGCUGAUGAGGCUACUGUGGACGAAGUGGCUCCUGCAUCCAAUGUGGGGCAUGAGCCUUUCCAUCAUUCUCGACCUGAACAGGUACAUCGUGCAUCUACCUCGUCUCGCCCGGGUUCCUCGGGAAAAACUGACAAGGGAUGUUGCUACCAAUGCUACCGCAAAGUUUAUCUAUCCAUUGCCUUGCAUCUGUCCCCGGACGAGGUGGAUUCCCGACCUGGUACCCCUUUUGAUGGAGAUUGCAGGGUCUUUUGCAGCAACAACUGCAUUGAUGGCUUCAGAGAGGCCUUGGCGGCUCGAAAUCAACGAGCUGCCGAACUGAGCAAGCUGCGCGAAGCGCUGCAUUCAGGUAAUGUCGAGGCAUCUUCGCCGCUGCAUGAGCAUGUCUCCGAUCAGUGAGCUUUGGUCGCAAACCGCUGAGCCGCUGAGCAUUGGUUUCAUACAAUGACCACCCAAUGGAGGUAUGAAGGUAUCUAUCAUUCACUGUCGACAUGACACUGAGGACUGCAGAUGAAUCAGUCUACUGGUCUGCUGUUUUCUCGCCAGGAAAAGAGGAUUGCCGAAUUGCAGGUAGGUUCGCUCCAAUAGCAGCUAUGGUCAGCUAUGGUAUUGCCAGUUUCUGGUAUGCGUCACUGAUAGCUCCCCAUGAUAAAA